GACAGACGAGAUCAAAAAGCAGAUGCAGAUGAAUAUUUGUGUGUAAAAUAAUUGUUUAUUUGAAACUACUGAUAAAAAACAAAAAACGAAAUAGUUUGAAAAUAAAUUAAGCGUAGCAAAAUAUCAUGAGUAACUUGACCAAUAAGAAUUUCCCAGACCUGAAAAAUGAUCGUCUUUUAAAAGCUGCCUUUGGUCAAGAUGUUGAUAAGGUACCUGUUUGGGUGAUGCGACAAGCCGGUAGAUAUUUGCCGGAGUUCCAAGAAAUACGAGCCAAACAUGACUUUUUUACUGUAUGUAGAACUCCAGAAUUGGCUUGUGAGGUUACAUUGCAGCCACUACGAAGAUUUGAAGACUUGGAUGCUUCUAUAAUAUUCAGUGAUAUCCUUGUUAUUCCACAAGCUUUAGGUAUGGCAGUGGAAAUGCACCCUGGUGUGGGACCUGUAUUUCCUGAACCAUUAAAAGAACCUUCAGAAAUCAACUCUCUACAGGAAGAAGGUGCUAUUUCCAGGUUAUCAUAUGUAGGAGACGCAAUAACAUUAACAAGACAUAAAAUAGAAGGAAAAGUACCGUUAAUCGGUUUUACUGGAGCACCUUUUACUUUAAUGGGAUAUAUGAUUGAAGGUGGAGGCAGUAAAACAAUGUCCAAAACAAAAGAAUGGCUGGAAAAGUAUCCAAAAGACGUCCACAAACUUCUUAGUCUAUUAACAAGAGUAAUUGUUGAUUAUCUAGUCAUGCAGGUGGACAGUGGUGCACAACUACUACAAGUUUUCGAGUCUAGUGCAGACCACCUGACCAAGGAACUUUUUUCUGAAUUUUCUGCUAAUUACCUUAAAGAAAUCAGGAAUGGUGUUAGAAGUAAACUUAAUGACAGAAACCUGGACCAAGUCCCAAUGAGAAAUGAGAAUUCCGAGGUAGUAGCCAAAGUUCAGCGAGGCCAUCAUCCAGCACACGUCAUGGUUGGUUUGGUCUCCUACCAAGGGGUUACAAAACUCCAUUUUUGCGAAAAAAUAAGGACAUGGCCUGCUCUAAGCGUUCACCCAAAUAAUGAAUCGCUCAAGAAAUCUUUGGAGGCAGCAGUGACCAAGUUUCCAAUGACUGUCUUCGCCAAGGGUGCAGGACAUUCCUUAGACGUGCAAGCUCAAUUAGGUUAUGAAGUUAUUGGUUUGGAUUGGACAGUAGAUCCUGUGGAAGCUAGAAAUAUUGUUGGUGAAAAUAUAACAUUACAAGGCAAUCUGGAUCCCCAAGAUUUAUAUAAAACGCCGGAUGAACUGAGAAAACUUACCAUAGACAUGGUUCAAAAAUUUGGGAAAUUCCGAUAUAUAGCAAACUUAGGCCAUGGGAUCACUCCACAAACGCCUAUAGAAAGUAUGAAAGUAUUUACACAAGCUGUGCACGAGGCAUUAUAACAAAUUUAUUUUUUAAAUUGAAAUAUGCUAAUUGUUUUUAUUUGUUAUGUUAAACAUUACUGGAACAGAUAUGGGGUAUUGGAAUAAAAUAUAUACUUUUUAUAUUAUUGUUAUUAUUUUAUUGAAACUAUAUUAAUAUAUUGUAGGUUACAUGGUGUACGUAGUUUUAGAAUUCUGACUUGUUGCUGGCAUAUCUUCAUCAUGGCUUCCAACAGACUUUUUAACAUACUGUGGAUUUACUUGAAUCUGUUCAUCCAUUUCUUGAAUAUACUGGUGCAACUUUGUGCAGGCAGCCAUUUGCUGUUCCAAAACACACAAGGUUUCUGGUGAAGCAUAUUUUUCAGGACUGUCUAAGAAUACUACCAUUCCAUCUUUUUGAUUUAUCAUGGCGUAUAUUUCGCCUUCUUCAAUCAUAUUAAGGAUAUAUGUUUCUGCCUGAGCUGGUCCUGAAAGCUGCACACGCGAAGCUACGUCACUCAGGGACAGAGUCAAAAAUGUUUUAGUUAGUCUUUGAAUAUUCUUUUUAUACAUUGAACUUAACACCUGAAAACAUUUAUCAAUAAAUAUAAGGAAAAAUAGGAUAUUGUCAAAUAGAAAUUAGUAAUAAUUGGUAUAAUGAAUCAUUACAUAUGACUUGAUGGCUUACUGUUAUAUUCUUGUAUAAGAACUUGUCACUAUUCCAC